AUGUUCAGGAAGAAAUCAACAACAUUAUUUCCUCCAGUUCCUUUAACCUUUCAAGAAAUUUUAUCAGAUCUAAAAGCUCUUCAAACGUAUAAUCAUUCGACUGAUAAUGAAGAAAAUAAAGUAGAUGUGCUUGAAAUUCUAAAUGACGGUGAAGCGGAAGAGACUCAUGAAUCUCCUGAAACCAAAGAGGCAUCCGAUCUUGCUUUUCUGUCGAAAUUAAAGACUGGUCAAGCAUCCUCAUCACAAGAGCUUGCCAGAGUUUCCGCAUUGGCCAAUAAUUUUAUCCAAAUUAAUACAACACUGCUGAAAGCAGGAGAUCGAUUGAAUGAACUGGGGGAGGAAAUUGAUUCGUUGAGGAAAGAUCUGGGUGGAAUCGUAAAGACUAUUGCGUUCAGUGAUGCUGGUCGGGGGAGGAAAUAG